GGCGUCCGCGGCAGCAUCGCCAGCCACUCCGGGAUUCGCCCCGCCGCCGCCCUCCUCCUGCCAUGGGUCUCCGGGAGUCGCCUUACUCCAGCCGCGUCCUGGGGGGCCUGGACACCACCACGAGGGCCCUGCUGUUCCCCGGCUACUGGCUAGCGAACGAGGUGCUGGCCCUGCAGCGCUCCACGGGGGAGAAGCCCCGCUGCGCGCCCUACGGCCUGGAGGUGGCCGUCCGGGGGCCGCUGCUGGUGCUGCUGCUGCUGCUCUACAGCCCGGUCUCGCUGCUGGCCCUCCUGCUCUGGCUGCCCCUGCAGGCCGCCCGGCGGCCCUUCGCUUACCAGCACACCCCGGGCCGAGCCCCUCCCGAGGCCUGGGCGCUUCCGGGCCCGGCCAGGACCCUCCGCCUCCUCAGCGGGAACGUCUGCCUGCUCCCCGAGGGGCUGGCCAAGUUCAGCAACAUCUGGCGAACCCAGUGGCGGGCCAGGCACAUCGGCCAGAGUCUGGCCCAAGCGGCCCAAUGCUCUACGCCCUAUGCACCCCCCGGGGCCCCCAAUGGCCUGGCCAUCCCACGUGGGCUGCCGGGGGGGCCUGCCGCUGCCCUGGGCCACCCCUGGGGUGACUCUGUGAUGACCGUGGAGGGGGUGGGGGCCGUGGCAGGGGAGGCCAACGGGCCCCGGGAGAUCGCCGUCUGCAGGCCUCCGAACUUGGACCUCCUGUGCCUGCAGGAGGUCUUCGACCUCCGGGCCUCUGCCCACCUGCGCCACUUCCUGGCCCCCCAGUUUGAGCACAUCAUCCACGACGUGGGCACCUACGGCCUGCAGGGCUGCUCCGCUCCAAAGCUGCUGAACAGCGGACUCUUCCUGGCCAGCCGCUACCCUCUCUUGGCCGUGGAGUUCCACUGCUACCCCAACGCCACUGGCGAGGAUGCCCUGUGCGCCAAGGGCCUGCUGUGCGUGCAGGUGCAGCUGGGAGCCUGCCAAGGAGGAAGGGUCAUAGGAUACCUGAACUGCACCCACCUGCAGGCCCCUGAAGCGGAUGGGCCCAUCCGGCAGGAGCAGCUGGACCUCUCCCUGCGCUGGGUGCAGCUCUUCCAAGACAGCCAUGCGCAGCCGGGGGACGUGGUGGCCUUCGACAUCUUCUGUGGGGACCUCAAUUUCGACACCUGCUCUCCAGGUGAUGCCAUGGAACAAGGCCACGAGAUCUUCAGCCGGUACAUUGACCCCUGCCGCCUCGGUCCUUGCCAGGACGCGCCUUGGGCCAUCGGGACGCUGAUGAACCCGCUGCACCUCUACGACGAAGCCGUGGCCACCCCAGAGAGCCUGAAGAGGACUCUGGAGAAUCCGGAGGAGCGCAGGAAGUACCUGGCAGGACCCCUCCAGGCCGAGGGCAGCGCCAACCUCUUGGCCACCUGUCACGAAGGGCGGCGCAUCGAUUACACUCUCUACCGGCAGCCCUGGGGUCCAGGGCACUUGAAGACCGCGGUGGAGAAAGUCUUCUUCUUCACCCAGCUGGCCACCUGCUCCGACCACUUGCCUGUUGGACUGCAACUCCUGGUGUCUUCAGAGGUGGAACCGGAAGCCCCAGCGCGGAAGGACCCCCUGUGACCUGCAGCUGGACUGACCUCCUUGAUCCAGGGAGGGGGAGCCGCCCUGUCCCUGCUGGAGCCAGAGGGAGAGAGAGAGUCGCUCCUC